AAUAGAGCAGUGUGCAUUAGGCUGCCUGCCUGCCUGCCUGCUUGUUCUCUUUCUGGGUUGCUUAAAGGAAUCCUUGCUUUCAGACAGCGGGAAGUCCCUCGUUGGGAAGAAGCUGCUGCCCUAGAGAUAAUCAAUAACAGAUUUCAAGAUCAUCGAAUUCAACCCACGGGGUGGACGGUCAAAGGUUCAGAAGUAGACACCUGACUGCUUCCGUAUCGAGAUAUUAUCUGGGCUCCCUAAACCGGAAACCUCACUAUGGAUGAUUUUGAACGUCGCAGAGAACUCAGAAGGCAAAAGAGGGAGGAGAUGCGGCUGGAGGCAGAGAGAAUUGCCUACCAGAGAAAUGAUGAUGAUGAAGAGGAGGCCGCCAGGGAACGGCGCCGCCGAGCCCGGCAGGAAAGGCUUCGGCAGAAGCAAGAGGAAGAGUCCUUGGGACAGGUGGCAGACCAGGUGGAGGCCCAUGUUCAGAACAGUGUCCCUGAUGAAGAGUCUAAGCCAGCCACUGCAAACACUCAGGUAGAAGCUGAUGAGGAGGCUGCCUUACUGGAGCGCCUGGCUAGGCGAGAAGAGAGACGUCAAAAACGCCUUCAGGAAGCCUUAGAGCGUCAGAAGGAGUUUGAUCCGACCGUGACAGAUGGCAGUCUCUCAAUCCCAAGCAGAAGAAUGCAAAAUGACUUAGCCGACAAUGAGACAGCAGAGGGGGAAGAAAAAAGAGAGAGUCGCUCAGGACGGUAUGAGGUGGAAGAAACAGAAGUGGUCUUCAAGUCCUACCAGAAGAACAGCUAUCAGGAUGCUGAAGACAGAAAGAAAGAAGAAAAGGAGGAGGAGGAAGAGGAAGAGAAGCUGAAGGGAGGGAGCCUUGGCAAAAAUCAGGUAGAGGAGAUGGUAGAAGAGAAAACAACAGAAACCCAAGAGGAAGCUGUGGUUAUGGUACUGGAAAACGGGCAAGUCAGCCCGGAAGAGUCCAAAGUAGAGGGGGAUGGGGAACCAGACAUGGAGGAGAUAGCCCGUCGAAAACAGAUGGGCGAGGAAGAGAGAGAGAGAGCUGAGGCAGAGAGACUGAGGUUGGAAGCAGAAGAACAAGAACGAGAAAGAAUCAAAGCUGAGCACGACAGAAAGCUAGCGGAGGAACAGGCAAGAAUGGAGGCGGAACAGAAAGCAGCUGCAGAGGAGCAGGCGAGGAGGGAGGCCGAGGAGCGGGAGGAGCGGGCGAGGAGGGAGGCCGAGGAGCGGGAGGAGCGGGCGAGGAGGGAGGAGGAGCAGAGGAGAGUAGCUGAGGAGCAAAAGAAGGCCAAGGCAGAGGAGGAGGAGAAGGCUAGGAUAGAAGAGCAAAGACAAAAAAAGCAGCUGGAGGAGCAAAGGAGUGAGAAGCGAGAAGCCAAAGACAAGGGGGAGAAGGGAGCUGAGAAAGCGGACAGGAAAGGGGUGAAUGGACGGGAGGCGCAAGACAACAGACCACAGACAGCUGUCCCAAAGAAGCAGGAAAAGGAAGAAGAAAGGGGAGUUAAAGGGCAAGCUCAAAGACGAACACCCCAAGACAACAAGCCCGCCUUCAAAAAGGAAGAGAUCAAAGAUGAGAAGAUUAAAAAGGACAAAGAGCCCAGAGAAGAAGUCAAGAGCUUCAUGGAUCGAAAGAAAGGAUUUACAGAAGUGAAGGCACAGAAUGGAGAAUUUAUGACCCACAAACUUAAACAAACUGAGAAUGCUUUCAGCCCCAGCCGCUCAGGAGGCCGGGCCAGUGGGGACAAAGAAGCUGAAGGCGCCCCACAAGUGGAAGCCGGCAAGAGGCUGGAAGAGCUGCGCCGACGCCGUGGGGAGACGGAGAGCGAAGAGUUCGAAAAACUCAAACAAAAGCAACAGGAGGCAGCCUUGGAGCUGGAAGAGCUGAAGAAAAAGAGAGAAGAGAGAAGGAAGGUCCUGGAGGAAGAGGAGCAGAAAAGGAAGCAGGAGGAGGCUGAUCGAAAAGCUAGAGAGGAGGAAGAGAAGAGGAGGCUAAAGGAAGAGAUCGAAAGGAGACGGGCAGAGGCUGCUGAGAAACGACAGAAGAUUCCAGAAGACGGCCUGUCUGAGGACAAGAAGCCGUUCAAGUGCUUCACUCCUAAAGGCUCAUCGCUCAAGAUAGAGGAACGAGCAGAAUUUUUGAAUAAGUCUGUGCAGAAAAGUGGUGUCAAAUCUACUCAUCAAGCAGCCGUGGUCUCCAAGAUUGACAGCCGGCUGGAGCAGUAUACCAAUGCAAUUGAGGGAACAAAAGCUUCCAAACCUAUGAAGGCAGCAGCGUCUGAUCUUCCUGUCCCUGCUGAAGGUGUCCGCAACAUCAAGAGCAUGUGGGAGAAAGGCAGUGUGUUUUCCUCCCCCUCUGCCUCGGGAACACCAAAUAAGGAAACUGCUGGCCUGAAGGUGGGAGUUUCCAGCCGCAUCAAUGAAUGGCUAACUAAAUCACCAGACGGCAACAAGUCACCUGCUCCCAAGCCUUCUGACUUGAGGCCAGGAGAUGUAUCUGGCAAGCGGAACCUCUGGGAAAAGCAAUCUGUGGAUAAGGUCACUUCCCCCACUAAGCAGGUCUGAAACAGUCGGAGAAAGAACCCAACUGCAAGCCAUCUUGCUGGGCCAGCUCAGUUGGAGAGGGCUAAUCGCUCUGUUUAUAUUUAUGUUUCCAAUAUCCCAGUAAAUCCAUGUAUAUGCUCACUAUAUUUAAUAACCACAACUAGAGAUCUUCAUGGUCAAAGUACUGCCUUUGCAGAGGAGCCUGUUUCUAAAGAAACCCAUGCUGUGAAGUAAACUUGCUACUGUCAUAUGAACAGUGACACCAACCACAUCGGAAGUCAACAAAAGGAGAUAGAGCUUAAGGUUACCUGAGGAAUGUAUGCAGUAUCUGGGGGAAAUGACCCAUAGGCUUUGUUUUGUCUCAGUACAGACAUCAUGUUUCUGCACUUUAGACUAAAGCAUGGAAGAAAUUAUCUAAGUAGGCAAUCAAAACUCUCUGAAAAUAAUUCACUUCAGAUCUGAUAUAGGGCAGUGAUGAUUGUCUCAUUAAAAAAAGAUGUACUGUUGAGAUAUUGCUUUUUUCUAUGCUGAUUCAUACCUAAAUUGGGUGAUUAUUUUAGCUGACAGUGGUACUGAUUUUUUUUUUUCAGGUUAGUUGCUUUGUGGAUUUCUUUGGUAGUGACAGUAGAUUGAAACACAUUUAGAUAACCCAACUAUGUAAUGUAUGUGCAUACAUGUAUACAGACACACUAAUGGUAGAUUGCUCUUUCAUGUGCUAGAUAUUAUAUUUCAUAGUAUGUCCUUGUAACUAACCAACAUCACGCUUUUGAAGAUUUACAAUCACAAUAGUAUAUUAAUAUUUCAUAUUUGCCAGUAGAAACAUGAAAGUUAGGUAUAGAUAUGUUUUCAAUGCCCAAUGACUUACAAGAAAAAAAAAGGAUUGGAAAAAAAAAGAGCUUACAGGUGUCAAAAUUAGUUGAAACUUCUUAUAAGACAUAGUAUUUAGUUUAUAAUUGAGGGCAGUCUUGAAGUCCAGUGUGAAUUUUAUUAAGUCUACCAUCUGGACGAAGCUCAAACCCUGCUUAUUUGUGACCGUGAAGUUUGCGCGCCCCCCUCCCCCAAAAAAGUUGACCUGCAUGAUAUCUAAGGUGUCUCCUUUCUCUACCACUUAGAGCCAAGCCUUUUGGUGACCGAUGCACAAAUUAGAAUUCAUGUAUGCGUCUAAAGAAAGACCAACUUUGCCUCGUGUAGAAGCAGGCAGCUAAAUCGAGCAAAAGCAUGGCAGUCCUAUACUUAUAUACUCACGCUCUUUAAAUUAAAAUGUUCUGCCUUUAUUGGUACUGUCAUAAGUUGAUAAUAUCUUAAAAUUUGAAAAAUAUAUGUAAAUUUUAAUAGUUUUACUCCCCGCUCCUACCAAGGGUCUUUAGGGACUCAUCAUUCAGAUAUCAGAUCCUAUUUCAGCUUAUGACUUUCUUCUUCCCAAUAGAUAAAAGGAAAGGACUCUACUAUCUUACAAAACGUUCUUAUCUAGAACAUUCUAUGCAUACAGUGUCAUUGUACAAACUCAUACCUCAGCUGACUUAACCAAAAUUAUCUUAGUCUUCAUUCCUUCCACAGUAGGAGAGCCUCUAAAAUUUCCAAUCCACAGAUUUCUUUUCAAGAGGAAUGGGUUGGCUUGAGGGACAACCACUGCCUUGAAAAGUCUAUUUUUCUCGUGAAUUAGUAAGAGUUAGUUGGAUUCCCUAGCUUUUAGCAAACUUGGGCCAAAGGAAGGAAAGCCACUAAGACUAUGCAUGUCAUCUACCCAUGACAGAGUAGACACAGGUCUAUGAUAAGAUGAAUAGAAUGCACAUGGCACACCCAUGGAAAUGACUUCCAUCAUUGGAGUAAAAUGGAUCAAAGCAGAAGCUGAGGGAUCAUGGUCGAGUUAACAAAAGCCUUCUCCGGCUAUCUCACAGGCUUUCUGUUUGUUGUUUUUGCUUUUAAGAAAGUUCAGAGUUGUGAAAUGACUGUUUUGAUCCUAACUUUUAUUCCAAUAUUUGGAUGACAAUGAGUUUUAGGGUAGAAUUUUCUCCAUUUGGAUUUAAUCUUUGAAGAAGCAAAUUCCUCAUUUACUUGUUUGAUUACAGCUCUCUGUUAUCUGUAAGAGAGGAAACUGCAAGCUGACUAGCAUGUUCUGUGAAUCUGCCAUUGUUAAAAACGUUAUAACACUUAAUAUUUUUCACUGAUAAUUGAUCGCUGCAAUAAAAAUAUAUUGUGAAAAUGCAUCCACAAUAAAUGGAAUUCUUCCAGCUG